AUGAAUGAAGAGGUGUCUACUGACAAAGAUAAUGAACCAUUUUCUCUCGACCUUAUUGAUCCAGCAAAUUGGGGAAAUAUGAAUACGAAUUUAAGAGAUUUAAUUGUAUUGAAAGGUCUUCUAUUUAAGAAUGAUGGGAUCAGAACUCAAUUGGCACAUGAUGGAAUAAAUGAUUGGAAAAAUAUUGGUGAAAAGCUUAAAAUGCAUGAAGUGAGUUGUGACCACAUCAAUAACAUGACAUUUCGUGGGGAUAAUAAGAAGAUAUAUCAAGAAAAUAAUGGUAUCUUCUUAAGCAUGAUUCAAAUGAUUACUGAGUUCGAUCCCGUAAUGCAAGAGCAUGUUUGUCGAAUAAAAAAUAAAGAGAUUCAUUAUCAUUAUCUAGGACACAAAAUUCAGAAUGAGCUGAUACUUAUGCUAGCGGGCGAGAUAAAAAAAAUAAUCAUUGAGAAACUCAAAAAUUCUAAAUACUUUUUUGUUAUUCUUGAUUGCACUCCAGAUACAAGUCAUGAAGAACAAAUGUCUAUAAUAUUGAGGUGUGUAGAUAUUUCGGCAAGUCCAGUGAAGGUUGAAGAAUUCUUUUUAGGAUUUUUAUUGGUGGAUGAUACAUCAGGUAAGGGACUUUUUGAUGAACUAGUGGAUGCUUUGAAUAAUUUAGAACUUGAUAUUGAUGAUGUAAGGGGUCAAGGCUAUGAUAAUGGUGCUAACAUGAAAGGACAACAUAAAGGAGUUCAAAGUAGAUUAUUACAACUAAAUCCUAGAGCAUUCUACAGUCCUUGUGGAUGUCAUAGUCUUAAUCUUGCACUUUGUGAUAUGUGGAAAAUUUUCAAAGAGAAUGUAACUGGUCUUACCAUUAAGCCCUCGUCACAAACUCGGUGGGAAAGUCAUAUUGAAAGUGUUAGAGCGAUAAGAUUUCAAGCUCCGCAGAUAAAAAAAGCGUUACUUCAAUUAGCAAAUAUUGAUGAUCCUAAGACAAAAAGUGGAGUAGUAAGCAAACAUUUGCAAGCGGAAGACAUGCAUAUUGAUGUUGCUAUAGACCAUUUAAAAGGCCUCAUUUCAUUUUUCAAAAGUUAUAGAGAAUCUGAUUUUGAAUCGGCCAUGGUAGAUGCUAAAGAGAUUACAACUGAAAAAUCUUUUAAGAUCAAUUAUUUCUUAUAUAUAGUGGAUCGAGCUCUAUCAUCAUUUGAGAAUAGAUUUGAGGAAGCGAUAUUUGAAAACAUAUUUGGAGCAAUUGAUGUAUUGGAUUAUAUUAAGAGAAUGAACUGUUGUUUUGCAAAUGCCUGGAUUGCUUACAGAGUAUUAUUGACCAUUCCUGUCACAGUUGCCUCUGCUGAAAAAACAGCUGGCAGUUGUAUGCGUAUCUAUUCCACUCUUUUCUCUCUUGUUUUCCAAGCUGCCGAAAAUUGUAUGUGCUUCCCCAAAUUCAGCAGCUGUGUUCCCUCAAUUUUUUGUGUUUUUGUGUGUAUAUAUCAUGCAAAUUCAACCCCUCUUUCUGUGCGUAUACUCCUCUCUAAUUUCACAAGGCAGACGCUUAAUUUCUCUUCUCUCCCAAACAAUGUGCGUAUGGAAUAUCUCUCAAUUAUGGCAGCGUCCAAGCUGCCGUUUCUUCUUCUGUAG